UGGAAUGGUGGGAUUGCGCAAGCAUCCCCAACUGUCUCCACAGUGGAAUGGUGGGAUUGCGCAAGCAUCCCCAACUGUCUCCCCCUUGACAAUGAGACACUCGGAUUCACAGUAGAGGCUGAGGAGAUAACGGCUUUAGAGGUGCCUCAUCAUUGUACAACCCAGAUUAGGUACAACUGUAUUUGUCGUCGAUCCUCUUCAAAAAAAUCUAAACCUAACCCUUAUCUGCCUACCCCUCAGAGGAUAUUGACUAAAAUAACCUCAAAUCAUCUGGCCCUAAAAUCAUGCAUAACAAUAUAA